UCGAUCUGACAUUCGAGCUCGAGCUGGAUCGUGUUUUGUUGUGUGUUUUUGUUCUCAUCAUCCACUCUCGAUCGCUUUCUUAUCAAAAUAAUUAAAUUACUCAUCAUUUUCAUGUGGUAGCCCGCUGUGCCACACUGGUCGUCUGCAUUGUAGUGUUUCUAAAAUGGCUUUAAUCAACAUCGAUGGAGAUCCCUGGUUAACGGAGCUGGAUGCGUGCGAAAAUCUCAGCAACGACAUACAAUCCCAGCUAGCGGCACGCAACAGAGAAAACCAGCUGUCUCGCGAAUAUGGCGUCCUGUCCGGUACGGUACGGGUCCGUUUGAAGCAGCUCGGCAGUGAGCUGGAUCAGCUAACGCGAAAGCUCGGACUCAUCUCCAACACACUCACCUCGGGGGAAGCCGAACGAAGGCAGCGUAGAAUAGAAGCCCUACAGUCGAAGCUGAUACAAUUACAGCGUCAAUUCCAGUACGUCGAACCAGCGGCCGCCCGGUCGGCCUUGUUCGAGACGGGUAGCAAUAGCCGGGCUCGAGUAGCUUUCGCCGAUGACGAUGAUGAUGAUGUGCCAGCACUGAUCCCAUCGCAAAGCAACUACACCGUGUCGGAUUUGCGAUCCCAACAGACGCGUAUUCUGGAGGAUCAAAACGAGGGCCUCGAAGCCCUAUCGCAGGUGAUCGCUAGACAAAAGGAGCUAGCGACCAGAAUCGGGGGAGAAGUUGAUCGUCACAAUGACAUAUUGGACGAUUUGGCCCAAACGAUGGAAACGACCGAUGCACGGAUCAACCGAGAGACGCGGCAAAUCGGUGCAAUCACCACACAGGACUCUACCUGGGGCUACUGGAUCGUGAUAGCUGUGCUGUUCGUUGCAAUUGUGCUUGUAGGCAUAUUCUGAAUCGCGCAUGAGGCUCCUACUGUACACAUUUAUAUAACCACAGUUGUUGCAGUUGUUGCAACCCCCUUAUCUGGCGUUUAUCUCAGUCUCAGGACUGAGGCACGAGUGUAACAACUGAUGUACACACUCCAUAUCGCAAUGUAUUUUAAGCUAAUACGUAUACUAUACUUAUGUCAAUAAACAUUAUUUACACAAAACUG